AUGGCCAGGAGAGGCAAAGGCAAGCUCCGAACGGCGCUUGCGCAGCAUAACGCACGCCGUCAGCAGCGCCAGGACGAAACGCGGCGCGCCCAAAUACAAGAGUCGCAGCUAAAGAAAAAGGUUGCGGUUCCCAAGCGCCGGCACGUCCUUCCAUUCGCGCAAGACGAUUCGAUCCUGCUUGUCGGCGAGGGCAAUUUUUCGUUUGCGCUCUCGCUGCUUCGCAUGCCGCAUCUCCAUCCACCGCACCAGAUCUUGGCUACUAGCUACGAUACAGAAGAUGAGGUAUGCAAAAAGUAUCCCGAUGCGCCCGCGAUUCUUGCCGAGAUUCGCGCGCUCGCGGGGGGGCAUGCCGACUCAAUCCUUGCGUUUGGCGUCGAUGCAGGUGCUCUGCAAAAGUGCGAGCUCGUUACAGGCAAGGCACACACGGAUCCACGCCGCUGGAGUAAGGUAUGGUUUGGAUUCCCGCACGUCGGCGCGGGACACAAGGACGAGCACCGCAACGUGCUCGCAAACCAAGUGCUCAUCUUGCGAUUCCUCGUUUCCGUCGCACCCUAUCUGACACGCGGUCCGUUGCCCACGUAUGCGAGCCGCACAACCCGCAAGAUAAACUCAGAGAGCGACUCGGAUGACGAUGAAAACCCAGCAGACGCUGAGCAAGAAACUGUGCCGCUUGCGUCAAGAUAUCAACUCUUUACACCUCCAGUCAGACAAGGUUCCGUUUUGAUCACACUGCGGAAUGCCGUUCCCUAUACACUGUGGAAUGUACCCAUGCUUGCGAAACGUCUCCGCUCGGUGCUGGCGCCUACCCUUGCAGCUGCACCACCGCUCCCUAAAGGGAUGCAUGCACCGACCAUCGACGACGUAGACAGACGUGCGGCGCAGUAUGCGCAAUGGCGAAGUUUUGAGUUUCACCCAGGUGACUGGGCAGGAUACAGUCACCGACGCACUGUGGGGUACAUUGAAGGACGUAGCACGUCGCACAAUGAAGAUCUGCUCCGUCAAACGGCGCCGGACGAAAAGCAAGAGCGUGAGAUGCGCCGCGGACGGCACGUUGGCACUGGCGAGUGCCGCACGUUUGAGUUUGGGCUGCAUACAUAG